AUGGACCCCGAUGCAAGCAUUCCCGAACCAGCCCCCUCGGUUUUCAACUACGUUCUCUCCUUCCUCCUCGUCGGCGUAGCAUGGGGCUUUACAACACCCUUCAUCCGUCGCGCCGCUGCCGACUUUAACGCGCGUCAAGAGAAGCAGUCCCAAUCCCCGCGCGGACGAUCACAAUCACAUUCGCAACACCAAGCUGUGGACGGUGAAGAAGAGCAGGAACUGCUACCGGCGGAACAGGAAGGUGUGAGGAGGAGGAGUGGGAGUUUGCAGCGCCAAGACCAAGGCGAUGAGCAGGAUGGAAAUGAGGAUGAGGAUAAUAUCCCGACGCCGGCGUGGAAGAGGAGGGAGAAUGAGUCUUGGCUAAAGAAGAAGAUUGUCGGUAUUUUUUGGACGGUGGUGAAUUUGCUGAAGACGCCAGCUUAUUCGAUUCCGCUGGUGGUGAAUUUGACGGGGAGUAUUUGGUUUUUUUUGCUGGUGGGGAAACACGAGCUCUCGUUGACGGUGCCGCUGGCCAAUUCGAGCGCUUUCUUGUUCACGGUACUUGGAGAGUGGUAUGUGGAGCGCAAGGUCAUCGCAAAGGAAACGUGGCUGGGUUUGAUCUUGGUCUUGGGCGGUAUCGCUGUAUGCGUGCAUUCGAAGAAUCAAACUAGCUGA